GGCGUGGCGGCUGGCGGCGGCGCUCCGGAAACGCCUGACUUCAGACAGUACAGCGUAGAUCGUGUCCGUCGCGCGGUACCACAUGGUGACGGUGGUAAAAUGGCUUCACCCGUGCCCUGCGUCGCUGUGAGAGGGUCCAAUGGUAUAAAUCUAGCAUACGGUCCACCAUCUUACGAAUCAGUCAAAACAUUUCCCAAAGAUGACAACAAAAACUGCAAGACCAUGCUCUUUAGUCCAGACGGCCAAUACUUUGCGUGGUCCAACUCAUCUAAGGUUAAAAUCGUGCUGUGCAAGACGUGGCAGACUGUCGCGGAAAUCCAACGACCUAGAAUCUGUGCUCUUAAAUUCUCCAGUUACAGCACUUAUCUUGCGACUUGGGAACCAUCCUUUGUAUCAAAAGAGGAGCCUCACGGAUCAGAAAAUUUUAACAUAUGGAAGGCUGAAACUGGUGAACUAGUUCAGCAUCUUAUCCAGAAGAGAAUGGUGGAUUGGGAGCCACAGUGGUCAAGUGACGAAACAUUCUAUGGAUUAUUGAAAGGAGGAAAUGUUCUUUUAUAUGAAAGUAACAACUUUGAUAGAUAUGUACACAAAAUAGGUAAAGGCAACAUUGCGAAAUUUAGUAUAGCACCUGGUAACGCUCCCCAUCAUAUCCUCUGCCAUAUGCCAGGAAGCUCUGGUCAACCUUCUUUUGGAAGAUUAUUUAAAUAUCCAAAGUUUGAAAUUGGAGAGGCAAUUGCAAGCAAAAGUUUUUUCCAAGCAGAUAAAGUUGAUAUGUAUUGGAACCAAUGCGGCACGAACGUUUUAUUAAUGACAAAUACGGAAGUAGAUAAGACUGGUGCGUCGUAUUAUGGAAAACAAACAUUGCAUCACCUCAAUACCAAAGGAGAAACUGCUAUGGUUAUGCUCAGUAAAGAAGGUCCUAUACAUGCAGUAGAAUGGUCUCCCAAGAGCACAGAAUUCUGUGUAACAUAUGGCUUUAUGCCUUCUAAAACAACUUUGUUCAAUUGUAAAUGCGAAGUUGUCUUCGAGUUCGGCAUGUUGUAUAGAAACAGUAUAUAUUAUAAUCCGCAUGGCAACAUAUUGCUUUUGGCUGGAUUUGGCAAUCUUAGGAGCGGCAUUGAAUUAUGGGAUAUCAAUAAUAGAAAACUUAUUGCUAAAACUGAUGCACCAGAUACUACACUCCUACGGUGGUCACCAGAUGGUGAACAUUUCAUGACUGCAACUACAGCACCUAGAUUACGAAUUACUAAUGGGUUUAAAAUUUGGCAUUAUACUGGCUCACUAAUAUAUCAACGACCAUGGAAUAAUCAAGAAGAACUUUGGGAGGUAGCGUGGCAAAGUUUUCCUUCGAACGCUUUCCCACAGAAACCUAUUAACUAUAAAGCAGUUGAGGGUAUUGUCACUAAUUCUAACCAGUCACAAGCACCAAAAGAAGCGUAUAGACCACCAUGUGCCCGAGGACAAAAUAUUACAUUUAAAUUGCAUGAUGAUCUUGAGGCGCCUUCUAAAUCAACUGAAGCAAAUCCAUCAAAAGCUGCAUUAAAAAUGAAGAAAAAUCGGGAAGCGAAAAAAGCUAAAAAAGAAUUAGAAUCUAACAAUUUUACUGUCAAUGAACAUGUCACAAGUACAACAAGCACAAAAAUAGAAUUAACUGACGAUCCUGAAAAGAAUAAAAAAAUAAAGAAAAUAACGAGCAAAUUAGAUCAAAUUUCUAAAUUGAAAGAGCAAUUGAAAGCAGGGAAACAGUUAGAAAUCAAUCAAUUAGACAAGAUUAAAAAGGAAGAUGAAUUGUUAAAAGAACUUGAAGAGCUUACUUUAUGAUAAAUCAUCCAAAUGUGUGUCAAACAAUUAACUCGAUAAACAGAAGAAGCUUUGACAGAAUGUUUUCCUGAAGUAAGUUUUUCUAACUUUCUUGAAGUGAAAUGAUUGCAAGAGAUAUUUACAGGUGAAAAAUCAAAUUGUUCAUCUCUGCAACUUGAAAAAAACAGCGAGAUUAUAUUGUGAGAAAUUUUGGAUAAAAUCAAGCCCGAAUCUCUCUUGCCAGAUAUCAGAUACAGAUAGAUACUGAAUCCAAGAAUUGUGUUCGUACAGAUAAAUAAGAAUAGAUUAUUACAUUAAUUUUAAUCAACAGGAGACUCUGCUAAUAGUACUGUAUUCAGUAUUAUUAGAGAUCUACUUAUACGUACUUCCCGAUUUUGUUACUAAUAUAAAUUGAGAGGUGAUAAUAGAGAUAGUUGCAGUGUCUAUUAUCAAAAUCUUAACAAAAAAAUCUUAAGGUUCUUGGGCUCUUUCCCGACAUCUCAUGAGAUGUGACUUCACGAGAAAUGUUGAGAAUUGACACGUUGAGAAUUCUUUUGUAGUAUUUCCAAAUAAAAAGAUAUUUGCUUAAAAUAACACUACAGAUCAUUUCAGCACACUUUGAAAAUACUCCGAGUUGAAGUUAACUUGAUCUGUAGUGUUAUUUUAAGUAAAUAUCUUUUUAUUUGGAAAUACUACGCAAGAAUUUUCAACGUGUCAUUUCUCGCUUUUGACGUCACAUUCCAACAUGGCCGCGACGAGUACCCAGGAGCCUUAAACCAUUGUGCAUUCAAACAAUUAUCAAACAAAUUAACGAAAGCUACUUGCUGAUUAGCUGAAAGUUUAUCGUACUACGGUUGAAAAUUUAUCAUAUCUUUUCUGACAAAAAUACGUUCCCGAAUGAGUCAACAUGAGAAUUUAAUACUGUUAUUACAAUUUGUUCUCUAUUUUAUCUUUUUGUACGAGAAAUUUAAGGAUUUGUCUUAUUUAACAAAUAUCUAUAGUGCAGUAGUAGAGUUUGCAUUUAAAUAUCUUAUCAUUCUGUGCAUCCAUAAGACCAUUAUCUAAUGUAAUCUUUUGUAAUCGAUAAUUGUAAUGUUCAGGUAAAGAUGUCGGUUACUAGAAUUUUUUUUGAGAAGGAAACUUCUGUAUGCUUAAAAUUUAUUUCAACAUGUAUUAUCAUUUUUAUUAUACUCUAAAACCAUUGGUUCUUUUCUAUGUACAAUAUUUGUACAUAAUUCAAAUUGAAAUUUUUUUUGUAUUGUGUCAAUACAAAAAAAUGUGUAGUUUUCAACAUCUAUGGACAAGUAUAUAAUUAGUGUAUUAUAUUAUUAAGUAUAAAUAAAGCAUUGGAACAUUUUUUCAAAAUGACGAAUUCUGUUCAGCCGAAUGAACUGCACUUAAAGAAUACAUAAGGGCGACGUAUCUAUAAGAAUCCAUUACAAUAGAGGUGGGAAUAGUAAUUACGAAUGUUAUGUACAGUGAAAUGAGAUUUAUGGAAAUAAAUUCUUAAAGAAAUUGUU